GGCUCCAUUGAUUAAGUCGAGAGGCUGCAUUCAGAACGAUUAAAAAAAAAAAAAAAAGGCAUUAAAAAGACCCCAAAUAACUUUGCAAAUUAUAGACGAUAGAGGAAAACACAGACAACCUCAAGCACCUCGCUAUGGCGUUUAAGUACCCGGCAGCCCGAAGAGACGAGAGUAAGGAAGAUGACUACCACGGAACUAAGAUCAGCGAUCCCUAUGCAUGGCUGGAAGACCCUGAUAGCGCAGAAACAACGGCAUUUGUUGAGGAGCAGAACAAACUGACUAUGCCGUACCUGGAGAAGUGUGCAGUCCGAGCACAGUUCCAUCAACGUCUGACUGAGGUCUAUAACUAUCCCAAGUACAGCUGCCCUUACAAAAGGGGGAAGCGAUAUUUCUACUUUCACAACAAAGGCCUUCAGAAUCAGGAUGUGCUGUAUGUGCAGGAUGCUCUCGAUGCACCUGCAACCGUAUUCUUUGAUCCAAAUGAGCUUUCUGAAGAUGGAACUGUGGCACUGAAAAUGGCGCGUCUGUCAGAAGAGUGUGAAUAUUUUGCUUAUGGUUUGAGUAGCAGCGGCUCUGACUGGGUAACGGUGCGUUUCAUAAAAGCUGACGACCUCAGCCAACUGCCCGACGUUCUGGAAAGGGUUAAAUUUAGCUGUUUGGCUUGGACUCAUGAUGCAAAGGGCAUCUUCUACAACUGCUACCCACGCCAGGAAGGGAAAACCGAUGGCACCGAGACCACCUGCAACAUGAAUCAGAAGCUCUACUACCACGUUAUUGGUACCAACCAGUCAGAAGACAUACUGGUGGCGGAGUUCCCCGACCAUCCCAAGUGGCACAGCGCAGUAACCAUAUCAGAUGAUGGCAGAUACGCUGUUUUGUCAAUCACUGAAGGCUGUGAGCCUGUCAACCAGCUGUGGUACUGUGACCUGCAGCAGCUCCCUGACGGCAUCAAAGGUCUGCUGCCGUGGGUCAAACUCGUGGACAACUUUGAUGCUCAGUACUCUUAUGUUACCAACGAGGGAACCGUGUUCACUUUCCGCUCCAACUUGGAUGCUCCUCGAUACUGUCUCAUCAACAUAGACAUUGAGAAAGCAGACAGACAGCACUGGACUACCCUCAUACCACAGCAUGAUAAAGAUGUCCUGGGCUUUGUGUCUUGUGUGAAUCAGCACCACCUGUUGGUCAACUACGUCCACGACGUGAAGGAUAUCCUGCAAAUAUACGAGUUGUCUACAGGCCAGCUCGUCAGGGAUCUGCCGCUGGAUGUGGGCACAGUGGCCGGAGUGAGCUGCAAGAAGAAACACUCUGACUUCUUCUACAAGUUUACCUCCUUCACUACACCAGGUAUCAUUUAUCACUGUGACCUCAGCAAGCCAAACCCAGAACCCAGAGUCUUCAGAGAGGUGGAGGUAAAGGGUAUCAAACAAGAAGACUAUCAGACCAAACAGGUAUUCUAUCCAAGUAAAGAUGGAACCAAGAUCCCCAUGUUCUUAGUACAUGCCAAGACAGUUCAGAAAGAUGGGAGUAAUCCAGUUUUACUGUAUGGAUACGGAGGCUUUGAAAAUUCCAUACAACCAUACUUUAAUGUUGCCUCUCUGCUUUUUGUGAAACACCUCGGAGGGAUGCUAGCAGUGGCCAACAUCAGAGGGGGUGGAGAGUACGGCCUCACCUGGCACAAAGCUGGCACUUUAGGGAACAAGCAAAACUGCUUUGAUGACUUCCAGUGUGCAGCAGAGUACCUGAUCCAGGAGAAGUACACCACAGCCAGCCUCGUCGCUAUCAACGGUGCUUCUAAUGGGGGGCUGCUGGUGGCGGCGUGCAUGAUUCAGCGUCCGGACCUGUUUGGCUGCGUCGUAGCAGAAGUGGGCGUGAUGGAUAUGUUGAAGUUCCACAAAUUCACCAUCGGCCACGCUUGGACAACCGAUUACGGCUGUUCUGAUGACCCGGAGCAGUUCAAGUGGCUCGUCAAGUAUUCUCCUCUCCAUAAUUUGCCGAACCCACCUUAUCCUGGCCCUCCUUACCCUGCUGUCUUGCUGCUGACAGCAGAUCAUGACGAUCGUGUGGUGCCUCUGCACACCCUGAAGUUCUGCGCUACCUUGCAGUACGGGGUCGGCAGCAGCUCUGUGCAGCGCCAGCCUCUGAUGGUCAGGGUGGACACCCGCAGUGGACACGGUGCAGGGAAGCCUACUGCUAAGGCCAUCUUGGAGGACACACACAUUUUUUCCUUUAUUGCUGAGACACUAGGACUCGUCUGGAAGGUGUGAGGAGGACAUGAUGGGAAAGCGAAGUAAAAUAUAUAUUUAGCAAUGGAGGUUAUUAUUAGGGAUCGAUGAUCUUUUAUAUUUUGGAAAUGUCCUGGUACAUCUAAAGUGAUUAAUUAGACAAGAAUAAGAAAAAUAAAAUCUAAGAAAUUGAUUAUUUUCUUUGGAAACCUUUUUUUUUUCCCACCUUCAGCACUUGAGUGCACAAAUAAUUUUUUUAUGUACACUGUAACUUUGUUAAUGAAUUGAAUUGGUCUAAAGCAUUUUCAAUAAAAUCCCUACUGCAUUAUAA